GCAGAUGGAUCCCAGCAGCAGCAGCAGCUGCAUGCGCAGCCCACAGCCUCCCACCCUGCUCUGGGGAUGUGCGAGGAGCUCCCUCAGCGACCUGACCGCAGCUCCAGGGCUCAGCCACUACCCCGCAGCACCGUUCUCCUUCCAGCAGAAACCAGAUCUCGCUGCUUACUCCGAUUUCUCAGCCUCCUGCCUGGUGGCAGCUCCCCACAGCUUCCCGCAGGAGGAGCAGCACCCCCCGUUCCAGCGCUCCGAGUGGCACCUGGCGGCCACCGGGGCUACCAGAGCCACCAACCCAGCGCUGGCCUUGGCUUCUGGAGAGUCGGGGGGCAGCAGCCCCAGCCUGGUGAGUGUGCCUGUGGCUGCAGAUGAAGAUGAUGAGACACCAGCAAAUCCUACAAGUGACUCUGAGAAAAAGCCAUCCAAAAGGAAAAAGGAAAGGGCAGAGAACCAGACCUCAAGCAACAAGGCAGAAAGCAGCAGCAGAUCACGGAAGGAAAGGACAGCUUUCACCAAGGAGCAGCUGCGGGAGCUGGAAGCUGAAUUUGCCCACCACAACUACCUGACAAGGCUCAGGAGAUACGAGAUUGCUGUGAACCUGGAUCUCACUGAAAGACAAGUCAAAGUAUGGUUUCAAAACAGAAGAAUGAAGUGGAAACGUGUUAAAGGUGGGCAAGCAGUGCCCCCACACGAACAUGACACUGAGGAUGUGGACUCUGCUGCCUCCCCCAGCUCUGAGUAGUCCCUGCAGCAAUGGGAGAGGAGUUUGGAGAAAGCCAUUGAUUGGAAUGUGGGAGCAACUGCUUGGAAUAAGCUACACAUCGAGAUCACCCUGCCUGCCAAAGCUGUAGUCCAUAGUCUUUAAAAGGUGCUUGAUGCUUGAGGUUACAGAGGCAACUAAAGAGCACAGGGGGGUAAAAAAGCCAAAGGAGGACAUGGUUUUGAUUUUCGUCUCUUGAACUGUCUUACUACCACAGAUGUGUCUACAGAAAAAAACAACAAACACUGAAUAUAAAAUGGGAGUAAUGAUGUCGAGAUGCUCAAACAUCCAGAAAAUCCAGAUUGUUAGUCAGCCUAUGCAGCUGUAUUCUCAUCCAGGCUUUCCCUGGUCACACCUCUUCAGUCUGCAUUUGGACUUGACAAUGCACAUUUUCCUUGUGCCCUACUUGCAGAGAAAUAAAUGCUUUGAUAGUCACUGAUUUUUCUUGCAAAAUGAGUUGAACACCUGUAUGACUAGGCAAUGAGAUUACAAAAUAAAAUGUGAGACUAAAAAUACAUA